GCAAGGCAAGGGAAGGGAAGGGAGGAAGACAAGGCAGGCGAGGCGAGGAGCGAGGAGCCCGAGAGCACCCGGGGCUCCGCUCACACCAUGCGAAGGGCAGCGGUGGGUCUCCGCUCUCGCCGCCGGAGGUCAUGCCAAGCGACCUUCAGAGAAGGCACGAGCCGUAAAUUAAAAUAAAAAUAAAGCAAGCCGGCCAACAACGCGAGCCCGUAGCCGCGGGCCGGUCCCUAAAGUCAGGCAACCCCACCGAAGCUGGGACAAAACGGCGGGAAGGAAAGACUAGCGCCCCGAGUUAGGAACGCCAAGCCAGUUUCAUGAAUUCAAAGGAGACUGUCCAGUGACUGGAGUUGCUUAUCUUGCAUAUUUACCUGCUAGUUGCUGUCUUGCUGGCUUCUCCUCUGAUGACAACUCUCACGGGACACUGUUAGAGAACAGAAUCAGCCUGUAACGGGGCCAGAAGAAUGUCUUCCAAGCAGGCCACCUCUCCAUUUGCAAUUGAUGGAGAGGACGGGAUCACCCAGGACUUAGCAUCACAGGAGCAGGAAGAUGGCAACAAUGAAGAGCUGGUGGCUUCCCAUCUGCCUCUGCACACCUUAUUGCACAACAAACCUCACUCUGAGGAGCUACCGACUCUAGUCACUACAAUUCAACAAGACGCUGACUGGAACAGUGUUAUCUCAACUCAGCAUAGAAUGGAGACAGAAAGUAAUAAGUUAUGUUCCUUAUAUUCCUUCCGAAAUACUUCUACCUCACCACAUAAGCCCGAAGAAGGAGGUCGUGAGCUAAUGACCAGUGUUAAUUUUGGAACUCCAGAACGCCGCAAAGGAAGUCUUGCCGAUGUGGUGGACACACUGAAGCAGAAGAAACUAGAAGAGAUGACUAGAACUGAGCAGGAGGAUUCAUCUUGCAUGGAAAAGUUACUCUCUAAAGACUGGAAGGAGAAAAUGGAAAGAUUAAACACAAGCGAACUCCUUGGAGAAAUUAAAGGUACACCAGAAAGCCUAGCAGAAAAAGAGAGACAGCUCUCUACGAUGAUCACCCAGCUCAUCAGUUUACGGGAGCAGCUUCUGGCUGCUCAUGAUGAGCAGAAAAAGCUGGCAGCAUCACAAAUAGAAAAACAACGGCAGCAAAUGGACCUUGCUCGUCAACAGCAGGAACAGAUUGCAAGACAACAGCAGCAACUUUUGCAACAGCAGCACAAAAUCAAUCUACUGCAGCAGCAAAUUCAGCAGGUUCAGGGUCACAUGCCUCCGCUCAUGAUCCCAAUUUUUCCACACGACCAGCGGACACUGGCAGCGGCGGCUGCAGCCCAGCAGGGAUUCCUUUUCCCCCCAGGAAUAACUUACAAGCCAGGUGAUAACUAUCCUGUGCAGUUCAUUCCGUCAACAAUGGCAGCUGCUGCUGCUUCUGGACUCAGCCCUUUACAGCUCCAGCAACUCUAUGCCGCUCAGUUGGCUAGCAUGCAAGUUUCUCCUGGAGCUAAGAUGCCCUCCACCCCUCAACCGCCAAGCACAACAGGGACGCUCUCACCUACUGGGAUGAAAAAUGAAAAGAGAGGGACCAGCCCUGUAACUCAAGUUAAGGAUGAUGCCGCACAGCCACUGAAUCUCUCUGCCCGACCCAAGACAGCAGAACCUGUUAAAUCCCCAACAUCACCAAUCCAGAGCCUUUUUCCAACAAGUAAAACCAGCCCCAUGAAUAUGGGAAAUAAAAGUGGAAUCCCUAGCCCUCUUGGUGGAAGUCUAGGAAGAGGAUCCUCACUAGACAUCCUUUCCAGUCUUAACUCACCUGCCCUAUUUGGGGACCAGGACACAGUAAUGAAAGCCAUUCAGGAAGCUCGAAAGAUGAGAGAACAAAUCCAGAGAGAGCAGCAACAGCACCAACCACAUGGUAUUGAUGGAAAACUUCCCUCCAUGAAUAACAUGGGUCUGAACAACGGUAGGACUGAAAAGGCAAGCAGAAGAAACCCCAUCCGCCCACACCAACACUCCAAGUUUCCAGUUUCUUCAUUCAUCUCAGACCUGCCUUCUAAGGAGGCAAAGGAAGCCACUUCCUUCCAACAACACCAAGACUACAGUGCUUUCUCCUCCUGUGUGUUGUGGGAAAGAACACGCUUUGAGAAUUUAGGCCCUCAGCUAUCAGGGAAACCCGGUGAAGAUGGAAAACUAGGGCCAGGAGUCAUUGAUCUUACAAGGCCUGAAGAUGCAGAGGGAAGUAAAGCAAUGAAUGGCUCUGCAGCUAAACUACAGCAGUAUUAUUGUUGGCCAACAGGAGGCGCCACUGUGGCUGAAGCACGAGUCUACCGGGAUGCCCGAGGCCGAAGCAGCAGUGAACCCCAUAUCAAACGACCAAUGAAUGCAUUCAUGGUUUGGGCAAAGGACGAACGCAGAAAAAUCCUCCAAGCUUUUCCUGACAUGCACAACUCCAAUAUUAGCAAAAUCCUUGGUUCCCGCUGGAAAUCCAUGUCAAACCAAGAGAAACAACCAUACUAUGAAGAGCAAGCACGGCUAAGUAAAAUUCAUCUAGAGAAAUAUCCUAAUUACAAAUAUAAACCUCGACCAAAACGCACCUGCAUUGUUGAUGGCAAGAAACUGCGUAUUGGAGAAUAUAAACAACUCAUGAGAUCUCGAAGGCAGGAGAUGAGACAAUUUUUUACUGUAGGGCAACAGCCUCAGAUUCCAAUCAGCACAGGGACUGGUGUGGUCUACCCAGGUGCUAUUACUAUGGCAGCCACUACGCCAUCACCUCAGAUGACAUCAGACUGCUCCAGCACUUCUGCCAGCCCCGAGCCCAGCAUCCCCGUCAUUCAGAGCACUUAUGGCAUGAAGGCAGACAGCGGGGGUCUGGUGGGCAAUGAAAUGAUCAAUGGGGAGGACGAGAUGGAAAUGUAUGAGGACUUUGAGGAUGACCCCAAAUCAGACUAUAGCAGUGAAAAUGAAGCCCAUGAGGCCGUCACUGCCAACUGAGGACAUUUGCUGGAUUAAAGUACUCUGACUUUUUGUUUUUGUUUUUGAUUUGUUUUGAACAAAAAAGUUCUUAAAUGAGCCUGCAUGCAUGUGUGGCUCCUACAGUUACAUCUGCAGAAUGGUCUUAAAUGUUUCUUAAUGUGUGACACAGAUUGUUCCCUAAUUUUCAUGAACUUAAAAAAUGUAGGUGAAGACAUUAUGUAUCAGACAUUGGGACUUGAAAACUUAUAUGAGUCAAUAGCUCUCUUACAAGUCUUACCUUCUUUUUUUGAUCUGUUUUUCCUCCUCCUGGAUGCUGAUGAAAAAGGUUUAAGUUACUGUUUUAAAUGGGGGUUUUACAUUUUCACUCAGGUAAGCUGUGCCAGCCUACAGGUUGUGAAUGUGUUUUUAUUCUGAAUUAUGUUAGAAAACAAAAAACAAAAAAAUAAUUGCAGUUUUCCUAUCACGAAACAGAACAAUAUCCUCAAGUUUGUGCAUCUGUGUCUCUUAACUCAUCCUUUUUAAACAAAGUCUCUGAAUUCCAUUUUCCCCCCUCCAUGUGUAUAGCUGAUCUUCUGAUGUGCCAAACUUUCAUAACUUUUGAAUCUUAACAUUUUAAAAAGUCUUAAGGGAGACACUGUAAAGUCUUAGACAAUCCUUUGGCAUCUUAAAAAUAUCUAUGUAUCUUAAGAAAAAAACAACCAUGUAAUUUUUCCAGAAAAAUUGUAAAGUACUCAGGAAUCUGGAGAUAGAAUAUUCUUAAAAUCGUGAACAUGACUGCCACAAUGCACUUGCCCAAUUACUUCUGCCUCAUGAUGUAACAUCAGUACAAACUGUUAAGUAAGCACAAAAGAGCGAUCACCAGCUACAGGCAGGCCUGUCUUCAGAAUUCAGGGCCACCUCCAAAUCUAAUCUGCUGUUUUGGUCUUAACCCUUGCAUUCAGUCUUAACUAUAAUUUCUCUUAAACAAUUUAUUCAUUCCAGAAUGUCAGGGGUCUAUUCACAAAUUUUGUUUUCCUUCUAAAGUUCUUGGGGGUGACAUAUUUCCAGUUUAUUCACGCCUUUCCAUUAAAAGACUGUAGCCAUCUUAAAAAUAGGAAAGCAUGAAUAUUGAAAAGCUACUCUGUACCUGUGCAGGAAACUGUCUAUCUGUUUUAAACCUGGGGAAACUAUACAAGUCCCUACAAAUCUACAGCAUGCCUAACGAUUGCCAUGCUGGUUGGGAUUGAUGGAAAUUGCUGGCUGGGGAUGAUGGGAGGCAUCAGAUUGGAAAAGACUGCUCUGCAAUAUGCAAAGCAAAAGUAUGCAGGUCUUUUCAAUCUUUUCUUCAUAUAUUUGCCCUAGGUGUCUGCCACAGGCCUGCAUAUGAGGAAUGAAUGUAGCUAGGUCUAAAAGGCAAAAGGGUGCUUUGGAAUUAGGUUUCCCAAUCUACAACCCACCUUCCCCUUGUUUAACAAACCAGUUCUGAAACAAAGGAAGGUUGUUUCAGAAACAGUCAGAAAAUAUACAUGGUAGUCAUGGUAGUUAAAAGGGAAAUAGCAGCAAAAUCCCAGUUGAGUUCUAAAACUCUCUGAUAAUAGUACUAAAAUGUUAGUUCCUAGAUUUGGCUCUCAGGACAGUCUUGGGCUAAAAUCCACAUUGUCCUGCAAGGAGUACAAGGGUGGGAACAGUAUGGUAUAUGCAAGAAGUAAUUUUACCAAAUUGUUUUUCAGUGGGGGGUUGGGGGUGGAAGAUGUAAAAUGCUGCCACAGUUUUGGGAUUCUGCAUAUAUAUCAUUAUUAACACUUGUCAGCAUCUAUGAAAUAUUGAUAUAAAAAGAUGCACAAAAUCUUAAUACUAUAUCAAGUGUUAGCAUUAGAGAACUAAAAUGAUAUCCUUAGCAUUUCAGUUACCUCACAUGAUUUUGUACAAUAAUGAUUCUGAAAAUCAUUGCUCAGAUGUGUGGUCAACACACAUGAACAUAUCUUUAGGGUUUCAGUGUUUUAUUUUAUUGAUCCUAUAAAAGAGGAAAGAAAACAACACACACAUUUAUGUCCCAGGUAUAAUAUCAUAUCAAGUAAAUACAUGUAAAGUUCUCUAGGCUGUAAGAUGCUGCAGAAAUGCAAACAUCACUUAUUAUACUGGUAGAAUAUUAGCUGUAUAGUAGGCUGCGAAGAAAUCUGAGCUGUGAGAGGGGAAAAGAAACAUUCCAAGGUUAAUAAUCUUGGAUAUAUAUAUAGCUUCCAAUCAAGGCAUUACACUUAAACUUUAGAAUAUGCUCAGUUUUCUGUAGUAUGAAGGCCUAGGUUGGUGUGCACUGUGCAGGUUUGAGGAUAGCAAUAUUGCACUGGUAAAUAGUAUGGAAAACAUUAUUCAGACUCAUAAAUGUGAAUGCAUAAAAUUUGGAUCACUAACAUUAAUAGACUUUGUUUUGGGUUAAUUUGAAAUAUUUAAUCCUCGGAAGAUGACUGGGGAACAGUCAUAGGAAGAUAAAUAUGGAGGGAAUGCUCUCAUGUCUUUUCAUAAUAUCUUGACUAUUAGUAGUCAUAGUAAUUUCAGAGUGAUCUAUAUAUAACAGUGAAAAAUACCUCAGAAAGGUGGUAAUGUUAAUAGGUGCAAAACUGUUCACCUACGAGUUGUCAAAAGUAAAUGCAGCUUCACACGAUAUCACAGUGUAGGAGCCCUGCUAUACAAUAUUACAUCUGUAUGGUGGAUGAUCUAGGCAUUGGACUAGAAUUCAUUUCUCUUUGUCCCAGCAGUGUUUUUCUAUUUGUUAUGGCAGAGACAACCCCAUUGUGUAUCAAUACAGAUGGCACAAUUUCCAUGGAAGUGCAAUUCACACAACUGACAACACCAUGCUGUCAGUUGUGUGAAGCAGAGUUAUGCUGUUGAGAGUCAUAACAAUAUGUAAUAUUAAAAAGUCAAAAAAUGAUGAUGGAAGAAUUUCUUCCUCUCUCAGUAGCUGCCAUUAGAGGAAAGAGUUGCAAUGAUUUUCAGAAUCAUUAUUGUACCUUGUAUGGUGGCAGAGAUUAUAAAUCAGCAAGUAUUUAAUAUGUGUACAAAAUCCAGUUCCUCCUGAAAAUUUGGUUAUAAACAAAACCAUGGCAAAUGAGGCUCUUGUCCCCUCUAAUUCAUUCAGAGGUCUGUCUUGCAUACUACAGACUUGGAUCCUAUAUUGUAAUCAUUGUAUUUCUCUCCACUUCCUUAAUUUUAAUGGCUUUAAAAUGGUUCCUGAUGAGUAAAAUUGGCAUAAUAUCAAUAAAGGGAAUUGUCGUGCUAUUUUACAAUACUGCAGGAUGAACAAAGCAAAAGAAGACAAUAAUAAUACCCUGAAAAUGUUCACCAACAAUUGCUGGAGGCGGAAUAUAUAUUUUUUGUAAUGUUAGCAUAGACGAUUUAAUCCACACAAGUAAGAAAGGGUUGCUAAAUUGACAAGAGAAAAUAUUAUUCUGACAGCAUUCUCCUCAAGCUUUGGCAGCCAUUUUGUAAACUGGAUAAAAUGCAUUCAACAAAAGCAAUAAAACUGGUCUAGCCACAAAGUGAGAGACACCUGUUGUCAUUAGCUGGUGAACGCCCUCUUUAUUUAGUUAAGGUACUGAAAGAAAAUCCUUUGUAGUUAAGAUUGUUUGGAAAUUUGAACUGAUCUAAUCCAUGUAGCUUGGAGGGGAGGUACAUGUUCUUUCCUAAAGAAUGAAUAUUUAUUAAUUUCAUACAUAUUUCUCCUGUUAUAAAUCUCUCUUGAUCGUAACAUUUCUUUCCUCGCCAUUUUUUCAUAGGGAUUUUUUUUUUGGCUGAUGUUGUUGCAUAGGUAGAAUGCUGUAUUGCUCGCAUUGUAUUUUGUGUAAUUAUUUUUGCACAAAGGCAAACAUUUAGUUUAGUGGAUUAAUUUUUUAUAUACAUUUUAUGACCAUGCCAAAAUAAUAUUCUGCAGGCUGGUGGAGAACAAAGGACUGUUCUUUAGGACUGAAACUUGAUUUUGUUCGUAGUACAAAAAUACACACACACAUACACACACACAGAUGUUGUUUCGUAAGUAAGUGUUAUAAACACUGGAUAUAAAUGGUAUUUUUUAUCACUUCUAACUAAUGUGAAACUGUUGUACAAAAAUGACAUGAACAAAAGUCAUCUGUUUUGACUCAUGUGGGUCUGCCUCACAGUUGCCGGAUUUGAGUCAUUUUUAUGUCUUUUUAUUUCAUUUAUUUAUGCAAGAUUAGUCUAUGUAUGAAUACUUUGUUUUAGCUCCAACCCUACAUCUGGGUUGAUGCUCUAUAACUUAAAGCAGUGUUCUUGACACUGAUUGGCUCUUCACGAAUCAGCAGAUGGUGGAAUGCUACUUUAUUGGACAGGUUGGGUAAAAAGGUAUUUGAAUCAAAAAAGUACAGAAGCCGUUUAUUGUAUUUAUUAGCCAGUGUUGGCUCUAAAGUGUUUGUAGAAAUCAAGGAAGGACAAUCGUUUGGAAACGAAUUUUUCUUUCAUUCUGAAUGGAGCUCAAAACAAGGUUUUUGAUUAGUCACCAUCUCAUUUUAGAUUUUUUUAAAAAGAAAUGUGUAAAUAUAACAUAGGAAAUAGAAUUUUAUUUUUUGUUCUUGGAUAUUUAGUGAAGUAUAAGUUAUGUAUUUACUUUUGUUCUGUAUCAGUGUACAUUGGUCCAUAUUAAAUGCUGACAAAUCACUGUACCUCAUGUAGAUAUUGAAUUUACACCUGCAGUGGGAGAGCAGUAUUGUGGACCUGUAGCUAGGAUGGCAAGACGCCUCACUUGCGCCCUUUUUCAAAUCCAAAUCCCAUAUUUCACAAAUGCAAGUCAUUUCCAAUGUGGCACCUGUUUCAGGAAUAAUAAUCUUUAUCUUCUUUAGUCCCUGGUAGUGGCAUUGUAGUUAUGGGGACUGAUUAAGCAGAGAGAUGUAACUUAAUAGGCUGGCCCUAGGAACUGUUGCCAUAAGACGUGGUAUGGUAAUGCAUCCCCUUGUGUAGCAUUACAGACAAUGGCUCUAAUACAGAGAAAAGGAAUCACAUCUGAAUCUCUAUUUCAAUCAAAAUGGCCACAACGUGAUGUCAGUGAAACCAGUUUUCUCUAGAUCAGUGCCAUGGUGAAACAGUCAGACCUCUGACAACUUUGGAAGACGUGGUUCCACUAAAUUCCUUGUAAGUUAGUUAAAUAUUCUAAUCAGUCAGUGACCUGUUUUAUCCUCAAAGCACACAACCCAACAGCUCUCACACUUCUCCAUAUUAGGGGUACUGUUUUAAAAUAUGGGCUGCUUAAGUGCCAGAUUUUCAAUUUAACUUGCAAUCAAGUUACUUUAAAAUCUGCAAUUUGCUUCCAAACAAAACUGCAGAAGUUUCUUCCUAACAUUUUGUUUGAAAGCAACCAGUAUAACUAAAUGUGUCAAGAUGCAUGACAAAUAAGUAAGUUAAUAUGAUGUGGUGGAAGGCUGCCAUUAACCAGGCCUGAGUAAAUGAAGCCCGUUAUUAAACACAGCACUGAUCUGGUUAGCUCUGUGUUCAAACGUGGAACAAAGUUGGCCUGUCAAAAAAGGAAGUAAAAUUAGCAAUAAUAGCUUAAAGUGGCAUGUAUUAUUGCUUUCUGUAAUAGAUAGCAAAAUAUGUUCAUGUUCCUGCAAAUAAAUGCUUGCUAAAAAUUCAGUAUCAUGGCAUGCAGUUAGAAAAAACUGAUUCUGAGCAGCAUUUUGUUCUUAAUAUUAUUAUCAUCAUCCCAGUUCCUUAGCAAAAGUUUCUUAAAAAACCCUUUACUUUUAAGAGAAGACUUCUGGAAUACUUUGUGACUGGUUAGAAAAGUCCUUUAAUUAAAUGAUAGCAACCAAACAAAUAAAUAGUUCAGUUGACCCUAGUAUUUUACAGAAAGCAAAAUUAAGUCUUAAUGAUACUGAUAAAAGUAGCAAUCAAAGGUUGUUGUUGUUGGUUUUUUUAGGGUUUUUUUUUUUGCUAUUUUAAGGGGACACUAAGCUUUGAACUCAGAACCUUAUAUAUGCAGUGCAUGUGCUUUGCCACUGAACUGCAGCUCCUUUUCCUUUCACAGACUGGUACCCUAUUCCCAAUUAAUCAUUGCAACAGUCAUGAAGAGUUAGGAAAUGUCAGAUGGAGUUAUAGCAGGGUAAGAACUCCAGAUCAUUUGAGUAUAGUGUUUCUUGAGAGUGUGAGUGCAUUUGUUAUUUACAGUUAAUACAAGCCCUGUGAAAAAAGUGCAGCAGUAACUUGAAAACAAUUAUUGUUUAAAUGAUUGUGUAAAUGAAAUAAUGAUUGUGUAAAUGCAAGCAUCCCACUAAUACAAGUUAAAGCAUGAUCUCCCACUGUACCCACAAUUGCUUUUUGUCUUAUUGAAGCUUAACAACUCUUUUGACUUUAUCACAAUUAGUUUUAUAGUGCUUUAGUCAAGGAAAGUACUUAAAUCUGGAAUAGUCUCAAUGGAAGCCAGCAUUACUGCUCCAGAGUAGGUAGUAUGAGAUCACAGCCACAGGUGCUAGAUUAACUUUAAGCAACCGAGCCAUUCUACUGAAGCCCAAAAGAUUUAGGACUAUGUUUAAAGUUAAGCUGCAGGAAGUUACGUGUAUAUCUGGAUGGGUUUGUCAGUGCCAACAACUGCUCUAGAAAUGCAGCUAGUAGAAUGUAUAAUAGAGUAUUUCAUAUUCUCAUUUUUUAAAGUCAUAGUCUCAAAUCCUAGAUGUUUGCAUGCAUGUUUAAAGACUGAAGUUGGCACUUAAGCAUGUCCUGUUUAAAGACUAACAUGUGACCUCAUUUGAUUUUUUAAAAGAGAAAUAAAGGCACUUACUCUUUUCCUCAAAUACACUUCAUUUUCCUCUUCCCACCCUAAUUACUUGGCCAUCCCCUUUUUCUACCAACCUUUAUUCUCUGAACUCCCAGAUGAUGUGUUUGAUAUACUGUAAUACUGUGAUCCCGCCUAACAGAAGAGUUUGGGGGAGGGGUACAGCCAGAUUUAUUACAUUGGAUUCAAUAUCCCAUUCCCCCCUUUAAAGUCCAAGUUUAAUUUUUCAAAGUUGAUUUUUUUCAAGAAAAAAAGGGAGUUCACUCCUUGUGUGCAAAGAGGAGGGGUGGGUUUUGUAUGUGUGAAAUGAAAAUGUAUCCAAUUGGUAUUUAUGGCAAUAUGAAAGCUAUAAAGCAGCUUAGUGACACAGCUUGCUUUAUAACUUCUGCUUUCUUCGAAAACCACAAGUGAGGUCCUUGGUGCUCUCAAAAGUUUGGGGAAUGUGCAAAUAUUUAACUGUUUGUAUGCUGCACAUUGCAAACCUGCUAGUGUGCAUUCUCCGUUUGUCUUCCUUUGUCCUUUGUGUUUUGCUUUCUCAGAAGCACAGGGUUUUUUUUCACCCUGCUUAUAUGUACCCUUCAUCAGCCUGUAGCAAAGUUUUCGUUCUUCUGUUCCUCCCUUAUUGUAUUUGCCAUGUACAAAUAUUGGUCUUUUUAAAAAAUACAUUAAGACGAGCUUAUAAACUGUUACUUACUGUAACUUUUCUUUCCUGACAUUGUAAUUUGUUUGUGAUGUAUAUUGUGAGAUUGUAUUCUAUGUUAAUUUAAUCAGCACAAUUCACUGACAUGCUGGACUGACAUGCUAGCUGCUGUUUCAAAGUGUAAAGUUUUUGUGUAGAGCUGUUGGGGGACAACUGAGACACCCUAUGUCAAGGUACAAUGCUUUUGUCCUUAUCGCAACCAUGUGGGUGUGCCUCUGAGGAUGCCGGGGCAGCUGUUUCGUCACCCACAAGCAAAUUUUGUAACUGGCAGGUUUUCUUUGUAGAAAUUCUAUAUACAGUGCAGGUACCUACCUGGGCCCAGGGCUGGUAAUUAUUUGGGCAUGUAGAGGAAAAAAACCCUAGUGUCUAUUGCUGCUUUGAAUAUGUUUUAAAAGUCUGAAAAUGUAAAUAGUUUAUCAAAAAAGAAAUCUUGUACAGUCCAGUGUAAAGUUUUUAAAUGAACUUAAAAGUUGCCAUCACAUCUCUCUCACACUCUCCUCUUGAAGCAAUCUGAAAAGGAAAAGAAAAAGAAAAGAAAAGUUUGCUAAGGAUGUUGAUUUUUUUUAUUAACAAAGAGAAGUAUCCAUGCUCUUAAUUUAAAGGGAGGGGAGGGGAAAGGAAUCAUUCUUAGCUUUGCUCCGUAGCAUAAACUGACCUCUUGGAUUUUGUUGUGCAGUAUUGACGUGAGGUAAAUUAAAGAAUUUUCCAGUGGUACUUUUAAAGAGUAUUCUCUCUCCUCUGCUCAGAAAUCAACAGAAAAGACAAAACUGAAAGACACUGUCUUUAUGGUGUAUAUUCUGGUGUAUGUUGGCACCUUACUGACUUGUUUGAGGGGAUUUUAUUUUUCUUUUCUUUUUUCCUUUUUGCACAAGGUGCUUUCUUGAUAUGUUAGACAUGUCAUCAUUGGGUGAAACCAUAUAUGCCAUGAUAAGGGGGUUCGGACCCCUCAGGGGAGCGUCUAUAAGACUGCCUAUUUAUGCUCAUUUACCUCAAGACUGUCCUCUCUACCCUUAAUCUAUUCACCAUCACUCCAUCUUUUGUACUGCUGUUGACACUUACAGAUUAAAGAUAAAUUUUGUUUUA